AUUGGUAUUCCAACCUAGAUUCGGCGAAGUCACUAUUUAGAACAUAAAAUCAUAACAAAAACAAUCGAUGUAGCAGUGGUAAAUAACAGCUUAACGUUAUCAUGUGAUGUAACAUAUGGAUGUGCAACAGCUAGUGUAUGCUAAAUUAUUUUGUUUUCUAAGGUAUUAAUUUUUCACUCUUAGUGUUUCGUCGUAAUCAAAGGAGCUGUUUGGGCAACCGGUUUCUUUAUGUCAACUUGUCAAGAAAAACUAUCAAUAAAGUUAUGAACAAGAAUCAGCCUGUCGUGUUUUUGUCCCACGGGGCAGGACCUUCGUUUUAUUUGGACGAUGAGCGGUACAGCAGCCUUAAACAACUGGAUAAAAAUUCGGAAGCAGCAAGUUUUCUGAGAAACCUUUUAAGGAAUGCUCACAUCGCGAAACCGGAAGCUAUUUUAGUGAUAAGCGCACACUGGGAAGAAAAGGUAGCGACUGUAAACGUCGCCGUCAACCACUCUCUGUAUUAUGACUAUGGGGGAUUUCCACCGGAGACGUAUAAGUUACAGUGGCCAGUAAAAGGGGCGCCGGGAGUGGCAGCUGAAGUGAAGUCGAUGCUCGAGGCCCGAGGAAUUCGGUGCGCAGAAGAGACUUCACGAGGCUUGGAUCACGGGGUGUUCGUGCCGCUGAAACUAGUGUUCCCUGAAGCUGACAUACCAGUUACACAGUUGUCGCUGUUGAGCAAUAUGAGCGUCGCGGACCACCUCGCUAUCGGAGAGGCGCUAGGAGAGUUGGCCUCAAAGGGAGUCCUUAUCGUCGGCAGCGGAUUCGCUACCCACAAGGGAGGUAACCUAGAUGCCCCUACCCCCCAGUGGGUUUUAAACUUUCGGAAAUGGCUUCACGACGCCCUCUUCAGCGAGAGAUACUCGGGCGUUGAACGAAAGGCGAAGUUCCUCGCCUGCGAGAUGGAAGAAACGGAAGUAAAUAAGGCCCAUCCGUCGCUCGAACAUUUUCUGCCUAUUCUUAUGUGCAGUGCGGCCGCAGGGUAUAGGCCCGGGCGUCUCUUGUAUUCAGAGUUCGUUAUGUCGUCAUUGUUGAAUGAACAUUACAUCUUUCCAAUUCAGUAAAUUCUUAUGAUUGUAAACGAUAUUAACAUAUUAGUGUGAAUAAUAUUGUAUUAGACUAUAUUCAGUUUUGUUUGUAACCCGUAUCAGCAUUGAAUGUUUUUUUCUGUCGGUCUGAAUUAGAUUAACAAGUGGUACCAUUUUGUCAAUAACACAAACGCCGCUUACCCAAACCCUAAUUGAUAUCCAUAACUUCUCAUAUAAACAAUCUCGUUUUGACCUUUGCCUUUCCUUAUUAUUUUUUUCAAAAACGUUUUAAUAUGUUAUGAUUGGAAAAAUAUAAUUUACAAUUGUCUCUUAUUCCGCAAAUUGCAUCAGUAUGCAAAUGACAUGGUUGUUUCUUGUGGCCAUUAAUUUUUCACGCCUAUCACCGAAUCUCAUUUUGACUUUGACAUCGUCUUAGAUCGUUCCUAAAUGUCUAAUUUCAUUGAACCAUCCAGCACAAACUGGGACCAUAAAUGCUUAACGUACACAA